AUGAAGUCGGCGCCUCCCCUUUUCAGAUCUGGAGAUCGGUGGUCGGUGGCUUCCAAAGCACCGUCGCCGGUCUCCCCCUUCUUUCUCCCUUCUUUCUCCCUCUCUUCUACUCCGUCGCUCUGCUCGUGGAGUUUUUCUUUGGUUCUGUUUUGGCUUCGAUCUGGUUUCUUUCGUCGUCGUCGCGGCUGGCUGUCGGCGGAUCUCUGGUGGUCCGGCUCUUUAGAGCGACGGAGCGGUUCUGCCGAUUCACCUCAGAGUUCUGCUGGCUGGUGGCUCUUUCCGGUUUAUAGUUCACGAGUGUGGGUUUUAUCCUUUGAGGGUUAUGGUGCUUCUGCUGCUCGCCGAUCCAUCUUCAGUUUCUUGGCCUUGCUUUCGGGACGCCUCUGUGAAAAAGUAUUGCUGCGGAGGUGGCUUUCUUUUCCUUAUGGUUUUGGAGCCUUUGUUGUUGUGCUGGCCUUUUCUGCUGUUCUUCGGUUUGCAGUAGCUUCUGGUCUUGCGGUUGGUGUGGUCCAUUGUUCUUUCGUGCGCUUUUCUUGCGCUUGUUUAGGCAGUCGGUGUUACUGCUUUGGACUUGGAGUAAGUCCCUUCAGAGUUUGGGUUGCUCAAGUCGGUUGGUUUAGUCAGUUUUUUGGGGGAUCAGAUCAUCUUCAGUUCCAGUUUUAG